GUUCAAACCCUGGCUCUCUGUGGUACUGUAUCAGGUGAGUCUGGGACUGCUGCGGGGCAUUCACUGGAAUUAUUGCCGAGAAAACUUUUUUCUUAACUGUUUUCUUUUCUGAAAACGAGAGCAUCUAUUGAACCUCCAGAAUGUCCUCAGUGAAGAAACUAUCUGUUCUAACAUAGCACGCAGUCAAAGCAGAGCGUGUAGUGGCGAUGGUCAAGUUGGUCACCUUGUUGACAGUAUGCAUGUGGAUACAAGCAGCCUCGGGACUGCGCACAUGUUCUCAGACUCCUCGCAGGCCCGUGGAUUUCUCCGUGAACUACUCCCUCACCUCCUUCCAAGCACAAAAACCAAUACAGAACAUUGCAGUGAAUUCAGGUCCAGAACAACUCGAGGUGUAUGUUGCAUCCCAGAAUGUCAUUGAGGCUGUCGACAGCAACUUAAAAAAAAUAUGGAAGGUGAAAACUGGACCUGUGGGUAGUCCCGAAUGUGAAACGUGUCAGGCAUGUGACAUCGAAAUAGAUCCAAAGGAACCCGUGGAUACAGAUAAUAAAGUUCUGCUUUUGGAUCCUGCUGGGAUUUUGUUACCCUACCUGUAUAUUUGUGGAAGUACUCAGUGGGGGAUUUGUUACUUUGUUGACAUCACCUCUGCAUCACCAAAGCCUCAAUGUUUAUACAAGAAAGAACACAACUCUGCUUCGUACUGUCCCGACUGUCUGGCGAGUCCACUUGGCACCAAAGUCAGCAUUGUGGAGCAUGGGGCUACGUCACUGUUCUUUGUAGCGUCCUCUGUUAAUGAGGAAGUGGCACGGUGGUACCCGAGGACUUCAAUAUCAGUGUUAAGGCCGCUUUCAACUGAAGAUGGCUUUGAUAUGAUCAUGAACAUGACAGUGCUGCCCGGUCUACAGGACCAUUACCGUAUUGAUUACAUCUACAGCUUUGCUACCAGCGACUACACCUACUUUCUGUCCUUGCAGAGGGAGGAUCCCUCAAAUCCCAAUUCACCUUUUCAGACACGUCUGGGGCGACUGCCCAUAGGAAUACCAGAGGUAUGGAUGUAUCGAGAGGUGGUGCUGGAGUGCCGCUACGAACCCAAACGGAGACGGAGACAUGUUUACAGGGACAUUGUGUACAACGGAGUGCAGGCGGGCCACUACGCUCAAAUUGGGGAGGAAUUAGCGAAAGAGCUGGGGGUUGACAAGAACGAAGACAUCCUGUAUGGUGUGUUUGCAAAGGUGGAUGAGCACGGGAAUUCUCAGAACAACUCAGCCCUGUGUGCCUUCCCUUUGACAAAAGUAAACCAUGCCAUUGACAUGGGGGUGGAGGAUUGUUGUACGUCUGGACAAGAGCAGUUGUCCAGAGGACUCUGUCAUUUCCAGCCAUGUGAGAGCUGCCCACAUGAAAGCUCUGAGGACAAGUUCACAUGCAGUGCCAAGCCCACGCUGGUGUCCAAGCCUUACUACAGACUAGACCUGUUCGACACGCAGAUGAGAGACGUUCUGUUCACCGCUGUGCUGGUCACCAUUGUUGGGAAUGACACCCUGGGACACGUUGGCACCUCUGAUGGAAGGAUACUGCAGGUGGUCUUGACACGUUACAGACUGACUGUUUUUGCAAACUAUUCUUUGGGAGACGCCCCAGUGUCCAGGACAGCAACCGUGUACUCAGAGGAUUCACUUCUAUUUGUAGUUGGAAAUAAGUUGUUUAGGGUGCCCUCUGUUGGACCGGGCUGUGCACACUUUCUGACGUGCUCCACGUGCUUGAAGGCUCCACGCUUCAUGAACUGUGGCUGGUGUUCUGGAAUGUGUUUGAGGCAACACGAGUGCACAUCACAGUGGAACAAAAACUCGUGUGCCCCCGUCAUAACAGAGUUCUUCCCCAAAAUGGCACCUGCUGAUGGAGAGACGGAACUGACGCUGUGCGGCUGGGACUUUCAGUCUCUUCCACCUCCCGUAAUUCAUGGCAAAACCCAUAUUAUCACAGUGGGCUCUGGAACAAUGUGCACUGUCCUGCCUCUAAAGAGCAGCCGUGAAGUGCUAGUUUGCAGAAUUCAUGAAACAAGACCAAAUCUGAAUCUUACAAUCACUUUGGAAGUGCAUGAAGGGGAAGUGGAGGGCCCCUACUCAAUCGAAGGGAAAGUUCAGACGACUGGAUUCUCCAUUGUGGUUCCCAGUAUAACUGAAAUAAAGCCUGACUGUGGACCUAUGUUUGGAGGGACGCUGGUUACACUGACAGGCAAAUAUCUCGAUUCUGGGGUGCACAGAAAAGCUUUCAUAGCUGACAAAACGUGCCUCAUUCAAAGUUAUGAAGGAAAUGGGACUAUGUCAUCCAUAGUGUGCAUCACAGCGGCUGCAGCAGAUGCUGGGAAGGUCGACGUGAAAGUGAUCAUUGACAAAUUAAAAGUGGUUACCAAUGAGAUGUUCGACUAUAAGAUGAACCCUGUUAUAACCGCUGUGCAUCCUGCUUGCAGUUUCAUGCGGGGCUCCAAGCUGGUGAUAGAAGGUCAGAAUCUCGACUCUGUGCACAAAACUGUGGUUGUCUACAAGUCCGACAAUCCGUCUUCACAAAUUCUGCAACGGGUUUGCAAUGGCACAGCAAAUGCCACCCAUAUGGAGUGUCUGGCCCCUGCUUUUCCAGAGGAAAAGUCAGAUAUUGGAUCCAUUUCUAUCAACAUGGAUGGAAAAUCACCCAUUUUGACUACACGUUUUGACUACUACCCUGAUGCCAGAAUCAUACCCUUUGAAUAUGAAGAUAAUAUAUUAUACCUGAAACCAGGAGAGACGGAAGUUUCACUACAUCAUCGCAAACUGAACACAGUAACAUCAUGUAUGAAUAUCACAAUGACCAUUGGGAGUGUGAACUGCAAUGCUCAGGUUCUGUUAAAUGAGCUGACCUGCAGGAUUCCUAAGGACCUACUUGUCCCGAGCGAAGGAUUACCUGUCAGGGUGUCUGUAAAUGGGGAGGUUCAUGAUGUUGGUAAAGUCAUCUUCAUCACCACCAAAAAUGACACUGUUAUUGUGGGUAUAGUGCUCGGAAUCAUUGCAGCACUGGUAGUUGGAGCUGUCAUUGCGUUCGUUAUCAUGGGCCGCUUGAAGAAGAAAAAUAAAGAUAACAUUGAAAGACGUUUUUCAACCAUGCUUACUCGAAGCCGUAGGUCCGGCGGUAAUGAUAUAUCUCCUACAGGUGACUACAGACGAGUAGAUUUGAGCCAUCAAACAACUGGUUCAGGAGGAAUGGCCUUCCAGGGUUUGCUGUAUGCAAGCAACUAUGACCAUCAGUCAGUUCCUUUAAUGCCAAAUGAUGAUAUCCCAUUGAUCAACCUCAGCUCUGAGCUGCUUGAAGAAGUCAAAGAUGUGCUGAUUCCUUCUGACAUGCUUAAAAUUGAGGAGGACCAAGUUAUUGGCAAAGGGAACUUUGGGACAGUAUAUCAUGGAUAUCUGAUGGACCACAACAAUCAACAGAUCCACUGUGCAGUUAAAUCACUGAACAGGAACACAGAUUUUGGGGAGGUGGAUCAGUUCCUCAGAGAGGGCAUCAUCAUGAAAGGUUUCCACCAUCCAAACAUCUUGUCUCUGCUGGGCAUUAUGUUGCCUAAAGAAGGGCUCCCUCUAGUGGUGUUGCCAUACAUGAGGCACGGGGAUGUGCGUCAUUUCAUCCGCUCACAAAACAGGAACCCAACAGUGAAAGACCUUAUAGGCUUCGGCCUGCAGAUCGCCAAGGGAAUGGAGUAUUUAGCUCAGAAGAAAUUUGUGCACAGAGAUCUGGCAGCACGUAACUGCAUGCUCGAUGAAACCUUCACAGUGAAAGUGGCUGACUUUGGCAUGGCAAGGGACAUCUACGACAAGGAAUACUACAGCAUUCAAGAUCACAAAAGAGCUAAAUUACCAGUGAAGUGGAUGGCCAUCGAAAGCCUGCAAACACAAAAGUUUACAACCAAAUCUGAUGUGUGGUCAUAUGGUGUUCUACUGUGGGAGCUGCUGACCAGAGGGGCCAGUCCUUAUCCAAAUGUUGAUCCCUAUGACAUCACACAUUAUUUGCUAAAAGGACGUCGGCUUCCUCAGCCACAGUUCUGCCCAAAUUCUCUCUACUCUAUCAUGCUUUCUUGUUGGGACCCAGAGCCUGAACACAGACCAAGCUUUCACAGCCUUGUGGUGGAGGUCCAGAACAUCCUGUCCUGUCUGGAAGGGGAACAUUACAUCAGUCUGAAGGUUAACUACAUCAACUUAGACCAGCCAAGGCCGUACGCUUCCAUGAUGGGUUCUGCAGACGAGGCUGAGGCCUCAGACUGUGACACACUCAGCUGUGAUGCUAGGUGAAGGUAACAAGGCUCUUGCAUUCCAGAAAAAAAACAGCAGGAUAGAGAAGGACAGCUUCCUUUGCACAUGUCCUUUUAUGUGUCACAGGUAUUGUUGCUCACAGCUGCAAACUUGAACAUCAAGAAGUCUUGGAUGUAGAAGACACUGUCGGUACCACACGGUCAGUCCUACUGGAGCGGAUACAAAAUCACUCUGUUACGAUGGAGUAGCUGUGAUAAAGUCCAAAACUGACAUAAAAAGUCAACGUAUUAUAUUUUUUCUUAACGUGAACAAGUGUGAAUAAGAACCAAUGAAUGUAUAAUGCCCUUCAAGUGCUCAUAGAGAAUAAGAAGUGGGAUUGUUGAAUGUGAUGUGUAAUUUAUGUACUGUUGUAAAAGAAGUUGUGUUGAACUGUUAAUGUCAUGGACAUGGGGUCUGACCUGUGCUCAAGAGUCAACAGUGUGACUAUAUUGUUCUCGCAUCUCAUUGCUUUACAUAUAUACGUCAUGCGCUCACGCAUAGGGUACACCAAUGGCAGAAACCCAGUGCAUUUGAGAUGUAGGACAUGGUCAAGAAGAUCUGUCGGUCUUCAAACCAAUAACAUUCUGACUGCAAACAUGUCGUUUUUACGCUUGGUCAGUGCCGUGUUCCAACACUGUGUGAAGUUACCCCCAUUGCAUCAGUUAGUGACAGGUGGGGAGACACGUUUUUUGACAGCUGCGUCAUUUCUCGCGCAGAACUCUCUUCCAUGUCUUCAGGGAACAUUCUUUUAUGUUAAGGUUAGGGUUAGCGUUUCCUCCGCAUCACCCAAUGAUGCAACGGGGCUACAAGACUACUCACAGACUGAUGUUCAGUCAAAAUGUGACGGCUGUUCAAACUAAGCAGGAGAAUGGGGAAUAAAGGUGAUUGCUGAGGUACUGGGAUUACCAUUUCAACUCAAUUCAAUUCAGUGUAUUUAAAUAAUGCCAACAUCACAAAAUAAGUCACCUUAAGGUGCUGCACAAAGGUAAGGUCUAACCUUGCCACCCCAUGAGCAAGCACAUUGUCAACAGUGGCAAGGAAAAACUCCUUCAAGCAUUUUUUUGCUUGUAGGAAGAACCACAAGCAGACCAGACUCUGGCCACACUGCCAAUAACAAUUUGACAAAUAAACAAACCACAACAAGGAAUUGUCAAACAAGCAGCCGAAAGAAAGAUGCAGCUAAGCAUCCAAUUACUCAUAAGUCCAAUGUUUGUAUUAAUCAAGUGUCCAACCAGUCCAGCAGUCAUGUACAUGGGCCCAUAAAGUGGAACACAAUUAUGAUAAUCUGUCAGUUGACAACCAUCUCAAGGAUCUACAGCUGAAAAGAAGGAAUUUCAAGGAAAUGAUGCUUCACUCCGGACUUAGUGAUGGCAGAGAUCAGAGUAGAAUAGCCAAACAGGUUCAAGCUGACAGAAGGCAACAUUAACUCUUGAAGGCAAGCACACCAAACUUGCUCCUGGAGAUGACCUGCCUUGAUGUUUUCCAUGUGCAUCUACUGCAGCACACUUGAUAAAUCUGGUCUUUCCUGGGUCUUGACUGGGUGAACACACUUUUGUUCUUAUCAUUUUCUGCCACUUAUUUUCUGGCGCAUGGAGGCAGCAUAUCAUGUUGCUCAGCCUCCACUUCCUUAUCCAUGGCCAAGUCUUUCUAACUCUCUUGGGAGAUUCUGAGAAGUUCCCACGCCAGCUUCCAGGGUCUUCUCCGGGCCCUCCUUGCAGUUGCACGGUCCCGGAAGACCUUCCUAGGGAGGCGACCGGGGGCAUCUUCACCAGCCUGAAUCACCCUGAGCUGGCUCCAUUUGAUGUGAAGAAGCAGAUAUUUGAGCUACUCACCCCGUCCCUGAGUGUAUGCCCAGAUACCUGGCAGAUGAAUCUCAUUUCCGCUGCUUGUUCUUUGGUCAUUACCCAAAGCUCAUGACCAUAGAUGAGGAUAGGAGCAUAAAUUGACUGGUAAAUGGGGAGCCCCAACUUCUGGCUUAGUUUGUUCUUCACCAUGAUGGUCCUGUACAGUGUUCACAGGACUGCAGAUGUAGCCCCAGUCUAUCUGUCAAUCAAGGAAGAAAUGGAAGAAAUGCAGGGCAAGUGAUUGCCAGGGGCAGGGUUGGUGACCUGUGCUCUAAAGUAUGCAGAAGAGCAUCUCAGAACAUGUCAAAGCUUGAAGCUGAUGGGCCAAACUGACUGGCACUUCUGUCAGCUAUGGACAGGAAAAUGAGUCGACAGUGAGCAUGUGUUUACUAAAAUGAUCAGUUGGGUCAAAAUUUGGCAUAAGCACAUGAAAGCAUGGAUCUCUACUACCUUGUAUGAGUAAUUCAGACAGGCUCUCCUGGUUUUGGUGUGUAAUAGUGUUACUAUCUUAUUACAAACCAAAAUCUGAGGAAUCUCUGAGGACUGUGUCCGUCUGUGUCUUGUUGAAUGGGCAUUUUCCACCUUCAUUAAAAAA